AUGUCCGAAAAUCCGGAAUGGAUCGCGAUUCAAGUGAACACCUUCACCAAUUGGCUGAAUCAUGAGCUCCGACAUACCAGCAUCAAGAUUGAGGACCUUGUCUUGGACCUCAGGGAUGGGAUCACGUUAAUUCGGAUCGUUGAAUGUCUUCAACAGCGGAUUUGUCGGGCCAAAGUUUAUGUUAAUCAUCCCACGGAGAUCCAGUGCUUGAUGAAUAUUCAGAUGGCGCUAGAUGCAUUGAGUGACGAUGGAAUUAAAUUGGUUAAUAUUGGUGAGAAAAACGGCUGUUUUCGGGAGGAAAACUGUGUCGAACUUUGAGGUUUUUUGACUUUGAAUUUUAGGAAGUCAAGACAUUUACGAAGGGAAUCUCAAGCUGAUCCUUGGGUUAAUCUGGGCGCUGAUUCAACGAUAUCAACUGGGAAGUGAUGCAAAACCGUUGUCCAAAAGAUUGGUGUUAUCUUGGCUGCAGGUAAUUUUUUUAUGAGGGACAGAGUAAGACCUCAGCAUAACAUAACCAGCAAGAUUGAAUAGAGGAUUUCUCAAUUUACGGUUGGUUGAUUCUGUUCAAGUUUUGUGACAAGAAGCUAUUUUACCAACAUAUCAUUUACUCAAAAUUUUGAUGAGUGUUUUGGAGAAGCAACUGAGAUAUUCAUCGAUCUUUUGCAGCCGAGUGAAUAUGGAAGAUUAGGAGAGAUGGUCAGAGAAUUCCUUUUUUGCCAGUUUCUUUAUAUCGAGUUUUUCUGGAAUCCACUUUCGGCCUUGUAGAGACCCAUGGAACUUUCAAAAAUUGUAAAAAACUUUCCGUUUGUUGGCCAUCUCUCCCAAUUUUUCAUAUCCUCUCAAACGCAAACAUUGUUGAAUAUCUCGGCUUGAAAAAGGUUAGCUGAAAUUUUCUGGUUAUUAUAGUAUAAACUAGGCCUAGUUAGAGGAAGCAUUGUAAAUUUCAGACAUCUUGUCAUCACAAACCGAUGAUACGAAGCUACAUAUUCAUAUCAGUUAGACAUUUUGUUAUUUUUAGCAAUCUGUGAGGGCACUUUUAGCUUCUCAUAUUGCAGUAUGAAAUAUGCUUGUAUUUCAGCUGGUUCUGCCCGAAAUCCGGCUGACAAAUCUAACCAAUUGGAACGAUGGCGUUGCGCUAUCAGCACUGAUCAAUUACUGUGAUCCGGAUUUGCUGCCGAAUUGGAGGGAUCUUGAUCAGUCAAAGCGGUAAUAAUUUUUUUCUAACGGUUUUUUAACGCCUAUUUUUGCAAAAUAGAAUUUUUUUUGUAAGUGUAGAUGGCUAAAAUACUCCUCAUUUUGCGAUUAGACACGAUGAUGACAUUAUAAAAAGAUUAAAAAAUAACAUCAAUUACACUUUUUUGAUCAAAGAUUUAUAUCGUAUGUGCAAAGUUAGAGAUAGUGGAGCGUAUUUUACAAUUUUUUUCAGCUUCGAAAAUUGCAAAAACGCCUUGCAAAUCGCUGAAAAUCAUCUCUCCGUGCCAAGUAUAAUAUCGCCCGAAUACUUGAGCUCCCACGAUCUGGAUGAGCUCUCUUGUAUGACCUAUUUAUCCUAUUUCGUCAAGAAAAAUGGCCCCGGAUACAAUGCAACACUACGCAACGUACAGCAACUUCUAUAUGACUUGGAAAUUCCGGACUUUGGGGAUUGUUGGAACGAUGGGUACCUGUUGUCCAGGCUGGUUGAGGCUUGUGGGGGAAGGGUUCUUGACAUGGAUCAGAUGGAUUUUGAAGACGAACAUCAGUGGCUUUGGAAUGUGCGACAGGGUAAGUUUACAGGGAAAGUACUCCAAGUGCGACGCUCAGAUUUUCUUUAAAUUUUGCACACACGUCGGGUGUGGACUAAGUAUUAAUUCCUGAAAGUUUUAGCUCGCGCUUUGCGGGCGCCGCCGAGAUAUCGAACGAUUUUUGCCGCCAUGAGAGCACGCUAAACGUGGAGAACGGUCAGAGAGAAAAACACUUCUUGGCCAUAACUUUAGCAGUUUCGUGCGGAAAAUUUUGACUUUUUUGUAGAAACAUUUUCCUUUACGGUAGAAAUAGGCAUGAAACUUUUCGUGCCAAAAUUCGGCAAAAGGUCCUAAAUUUUGACCGACUUUCGAUCUAAAAAUCUCGGUUGUUUCUGCAAAGCGCGAGCUAGGAUUCUCGCAUAUAUCUUAGAAAAAAUUACUCUAAAUUUGUGCCAAGUUUCAUCAAAAUCUGAGCGUCGCACUUGGAGUACUUUUCCUGUUAAUUUCUGAGAUUUUUAAUUUGAAUAUUCAAAUUUUCAAAAAUUUUGGAGCUAAGAAUUUGAAUAUGCAAAUUUUUUUGGAGUAAUUGGCUUGUUGGAUACUUUGUGUGUGUUUACCUUUACUGUAUUUUUAAUUUAAAUGUUCAAAUUUCCAUUCACGUAUUUUACCCAAAUUUUCCGUUCCGUAUUUUACCCUCUUAUUUCCGUUCCGUAUUUUACCCUCUUUUUUAGCACUCGAUGCCGUGAUUGACCUUGGAGUUCACUGUACAAUUCAAGCCGAUGAGAUUGUUGGGCAUAAUCAUGAUCAUUUAGGCAAGUGUAACAUAGCCAAUCUAUAAAAUAAAACCAUUUUCCAUUACACUUUUUUUUAAAAAUACUUUUCAUAAAUUUUAGCAAUAAUGGAGCUCUGUGCCGCAUUAAUUUCUCAGAGAGCUUACCAAGAGCUUUCCGAGGUUAUUCCCAAAGCCGAAGCCGAAUGCUCAUGUGGGCAGCAGUUGAACAUGGAUCUGGCUUUUACGGACAAAUCAGAUGUUAAAGUUGAUGACUUGGAUGUCGUUGUGGAAGAUGAGGAGGGCAAGGCUGUUUCUACAGAAGUCUUGGGACUGGUUAGGAAGGAAACGGCCGAUGGAGCGAUGCUUUCGCUGAUCCCUACAAGGCCAGGGGUAUUUCUGGUAAGUUUUAUGAUUGACUUUUAAUUUUUUUGAUUGUUUAAUACUUUUAAUAGCGAACUUGGCCAACAUUUCUGUCUUUUGGGAGAACAUUGUAAUCAGUAAUUGAGCUUGUAUUUUCAGAUUUUUGAUAUAGCGGUGGCCGGAAGGUAAAAAAAUUGAUUUCGUAGACAAGGGAUUGUUCAAAGUGAGAUGUUCAAAUUGCUUAGAAUUUGGCCUACAAAUUGGGCCUAGCCCUUACAAAAAUUCAAGGAAAUAUUACGUAGAUUGCGCUUUCCAGGAACAGCCGAGAUAUCGGAAGAUAUGCAUAUAUUUGUUGACAAGAGAGCUGGCGAAAUGUGGAAUGGACAAAAGUAGACGAAGACAAAACUUUUUUGGCCAUAAAUUUUCCAAUCUCGCAGGGAAAAAAUUGAUUUUUUAUAGUAGCAUUGCCUUCCCCGGUUCUAGAAAGGCUAAAAUUUUGCAUGCAUAAAAUUUUUCAAAAAAUGCUGAAUUUGGCCAACUUUCAGGCUUAUUAUCUCGAUUGUUUUCGCAAGGCGCAAGUUAAAACUAUGUAUUAUAUAUUAAAAUCCAACGUAUUCAAAUAACUUAUUUUACCCUACAUUGGCAGACAUAUAGCUUAUAAGGUUUUUUCUCUUGGCGCUCUCCGCUUUCUGCGUGCUCUCUCAUCGUCAAAAUUGAACCUCUCGGCUGCCGGGAUCUAGCAGGGGAAGUACUCCAGGUGCGACGCUCAGAUUUUCUUUAAAUUUUGCACGCAUGGCGGGCAUGAACUAAAUAUUAAUCCCUGAAAGUUUUAACUCGCGCGUUGCGGGCGCCGCCGAGAUAUCGAACGAUUUUUGCCGCCGAGAGAGCAUGCUAAACGUGGAGAGCGGUCAGAGAGCAAAGCGCUUUUUGGCCAUAACUUCGGCAGUUUCGUGCGGAAAAAAAAAUUUGAUUCUUUGUUGAAACAUUACCGUUUGCGGUAGAAAUAGGUAUGCAAUUUUUCGUGCCGAAAUUCGGCAAAAAGUCCUAAAUUUUGGCCGACUUUUGAUCUAAAAAUCUCGGUUGUUUCUGCAAAGCGCGAGCUAGGAUUCUCGCAUAUAUCUUAGAAAAAAUUAUUCUAAAUUUGUGCCAAGUUUCAUCAAAAUCUGAGCGUCACACUUGGAGUACUUCCCCUGUAAAAUUUUUUGUGAUCGAUAUGUGACCCAGGCCCGACGUGUGCGCAAAAUUACAUAAAAAAUAUGAGAAUUGCAACUUUCCUUGUUAAUUUCACUUUUAUAUUUUUCACUCUAUAUAAUUUUCUGCACAUAUAUACCUCAUUACGAACAUCUCAUUUCGCUGCACUUUUUCCAAACUUUUUUUUUCGCAAAAACAAACAACAUAGCCGUACGACUGAGCCCGUUCUUCCAUUAAAUGUUCCUCCAAAAUCAUCGCAUAUCCCCCCAAUUUUUGUGCAAAUCCUCGAGGCUAACAUCGCUGUACAAAACGUUGCUCGAGAUGGGUGGGGGGAAGGAGAGAGCGCGUCCCCCUUCAGCCUUCUGAAGGUCAUCCGAGCUUCGUCGUCUUUUUUUUUUAAAUGCCGAUCUGUUUUGGUGGUCAUCAGAAAGGGACGGGGGGAAACCGAAAAUAUUUCCAAAAACGGGCAAGGGUUAAUUUGGAUAUUAUUUUUGGGAAUGGGGUUGGGCUGGCAGGGGAACGGCGGAACAGUGGGUGGGAACGGUCGAAGGGCGAUUUUUUGGGGGAGAUUUUGAGUGAUUUUUGAGCAAUUUUUAGAGGAGAAAGUAAAGAAAUAACAUUAAUUUUGACAAAGUUAUCAAAAGAAAAUCAAAAAAAGUUGUUAAAAUAGAUUUUUAGAGCAAAAUAUUGUAGGAUCAAGGUUGAUAUUGCCUUAAAAUUGCUCGUAAUAAAGCUUGAAAUUGUCGAUUUUACAUCUACUUUGAUAACCGGGAUUUUUUUUUUGAUUUUUGAUGAUUUUAAAAACUGAAAUUUUCAAAAAAUCAAAAGUGAAAUUUUCAAAAUGAGAUUUUUGUUUUUGAUGACACUUUUGGGCCUACUUUAAAAGAGCUCAAACUCGAUUUAAAAUAUUCAAAUUUGACCAAUUCUCCUCUAAUUUUCAUAUUAAUUCGACUAAAAACCUGAUCAUCCCCAAUUUCCCCUCAGGGCAAAUGCCAUUCCGCACAUUUCUCGCCUUCGAAUCGAUCAUUUUCCUUUGUUGUUCCACUUAUGGUUUUCCCGUUUCAUAACCUUCUCCCCGUCACCCCUGCAUCUCCCAAAUAUCUCCCCCAAAUCCCCGUAUUCCUCGCCCCAACUCUCCCCGUUUACAGCAGACGGCGAUAAAGCCCGCAAACUUUCGUUAUGAUGCCGACCGGAGCCGGGUUAUUACGAAUCCCUCGGAAACAUUUUUCGAAUUUUUUUGUAAUAAACGCGGCUCAGAUUUUUUUUCGCUCAAGAGAGCCUCAGGCGCUCCUUGAUCUACAGAUUCUCUUCUUCUUGUGGGAAUCACCCCAUCCAGCGGUUUCGGAGACGAUCUAGCUGGCGGAUUGGGAUUUUUGAUUUGGUUUUGAAACAGAAAUCUCGCUCGUUUUCCUGGGGAAUGCAAAUUUUUGGUGAUUUUGAUGGUUUGAGCUGUGGAUUAUAAGCGGAUAUAAGCUUGUUUUGAACCUAUGGAUGAAGGGCAUGUAUUUUAAAAAUAGAUUGAGCUCUUUUGAGCGGUCCUACCGCCAAUAAUUGACAAGUUUUGGCCCGCGCUUUUCAGGAGCCUCCGAGAUAUUGGACGAUCUUUGCCGCCGAGAGAGUACGCUAAACGCGGAGAGCGGACAGAAGGAAAAACACUUUUUGGCUAUAACUUUACGAAAAAAUUGAUUUUUUGUGGAAACAUUACCCUCUGUGGUAGAAAUAAGCAUGAAACUUUUCGUGCCGAAAUUCGGCAAAAAAUGUCAAAUUUUCGAUCUAAAAAUCUCGGUUGUUUCUGCAAAGCGCCAACUAGGAUUCUCGCAUAUAUUUUAGAAAAAAUCUUUCUAAAUUUGUGUCAGGUUUCGUCAAAAUCUGAGCGUUGCACUUGGGGUAUUUCCCUCGUAAGUCUAGAGCUGUCAAAAAAAUACCACCAAUUUUCAGCCCAAGCUUUGCAUAUUGUGUUGAGAUUUUUACGUCGUAAAUUGCCAUAGGCACAGUAAUCUGACGCAUUUUAGAGCUAGAAAUUUUCUGAUUCUUUAUAGAAAACAACGAUAUUUUUUUGGAAAAAGCUCUUCAUUGCAUGAGAAAAUUCACAAAAAAACCGCUGAAAACAAUUUUCUCUUGGAUUGUCUCUCCUCAUUUUCCAUAGUCUCUCGCCUACAAAGACCGUCGAAUAUCUCAGCACAUAUCACCAAGGGAAAGCUAAAAUUUUCAGGGAUUCAAAUCUAGACUAAAUACAGUAUAUACACCAAAUUUGAAGAAAAUCGACCGGUCGAACUUCAGACACUUGCCUUUUGAAAUUUCGAAUCCCAAAACUUUUUCACUUUCAAAUUCCUCUCAAUUAUUCGAUCAUUCUUUUUUUAUUGUCUUCUUUCCCGUGCAACGAUGUCUUCAUUCAUCGCGACCACGCGUCCAUCCCACAUUCCAUCGCUCUUUUUUUUAUCACUUCCUGUCUCCAUCAACAAACUUCUCUGUUUUAUUACACUUGAUGUUCGACACUCUUUACACUUGACGACUGGAUUGGCGUCUCAUAUCGUGCGGAUUAUUUGUGUUUUAUCCAAUAAAUCUUCGUUUUUAAUAUCCUUUUCUCUCUCCUCAAUCAUCGAAGGUGUUGCGUGAGGGAAAGAGGGGACGUCUAGUAGAAGGGGUUCUCAUGUGUUAAUUAAGACCAGCGUAAUUGGAAAAGUUUGGGCGAAAGCAGUUUUUUCACAAAGUUUGUUGACUUGAGAGGGUAUGGGUUGUAAAAUACGAAGAUGUUACUGGAUUUUUAUAGUGUAAAUUCUCGGUUUAGUUAACUGUAAAAUAAGUAAAAAUCUGAUACUCAAAAUUCUUUUAAAAGUUGCUUUAAAAUUUUAUACGACUAAAAAAUCAUUAUGAAGCUGGAUGACAGUUAAGAUUACACUUUUCUACAACGAGAAUCAAAAGAAUCAAGCAAAUUUUUUUGUUCCAAAUAGACUUCUCUGCAUUAUGAUUACUUUGGUAACCAAAAAUUUGGUUAUUUAGUGGCGAGCCAUCACAUUUAUUAUCAAAAUCUUGAUUAAUUUUAUCACAAAAUAAGGCUUCUGAAAAAACGAAAAUUUUGGCGUCCGUUUUGCAGAAACCGUCAAGAUUUUUAUGUUGAAAGCCGACUCAAAACGAUGUUUUUUGCUCUACGGAAAAAAUGGCAAAAUUCACAAUGUCGACUGGUCGAUUUUCUUUGAAAUUUGGCAUAAAUACUCUAUCUAGGCCAGAUUUCAAUUCUUCAAACUUUAUCUUUCCGUUUGCAAAAAAAAGAUUUUAUUUUUUAGUCAUCAAAACUGCCAUUUCACUGAUUAUGAAAACGGAUUUUGGCUCGUAUUUUACCCCUCUUCACACCGUUCUAAUUAAAAUUGCAUUCUUUAUCAGCCGUCUUCUUCAUUUGUUGAUUUCUAAUCAAAGUUUGCGUGAAGUGAUCUGCUUGUUAUACCGCCGAUUAAUUUGUUCAAUCAACGGGAAGCCCUUUAUUUCCUUCCAAAGUUUCUUUUUCCUGGAGGCGAAAACAGAAUCGGAGAUGGGUUUUUUGAUGGCGGAGGAAACGUAUUACAUGACAGUGGAAGGGCGUAAUUAAGAUGUUUGUUUUUGUAGGGGGAGCAGGGGAGUUUACAAUCGCCGUUUCGGGGAGAGAAUUGGAGGGAAAUACGGCUGUUUCUGACAAGGGUAGUAUAGUAUAAUAUUAGACGUGGGACAAACUGACAGGGGAAGUACUCCAAGUGCGACGCUCAGAUUUUGAUGAAACUUGGCACAAAUUUAGAAUAAUUAUUUCUAAGAUAUAUGCGAGACUCCUAGCUCGCGCUUUGCAGAAACAACCGAGAUUUUUAGAUCGAAAGUCGGCGAAAAUUUAGGACUCUGCCGAAUUUCGGCACGAAAAGUUUCAUGCCUAUUUCAACCGUAAAGGAUAACGUUUCUACAAAAAAUCAAAUUUUUCCGCACGGAACUGCCAAAGUUAUGGCCAAAAAGCGCUUUUCUCUCUGACCGCUCUCCACGUUUAGCGUGCUCUCUCGGCGGCAAAAAUCGUUCGAUAUCUCGGCGGCGCCCGCAAAGCGCGAGCUAAAACUUUCAGAAAUUGAUAUUUAGUCCAUACCCGACGUGUGUGCAAAAUUUAUAGAAAAUAUGAGCGUCGCACUUGGAGUACCUCCCUUGUGAGUUGGAUAAAAUUUGGCUCAAAUGUAGAGCAUGGUUUAUUAAGAAACAUACGAGAUUUCUAGCUCGCAAUGUCUAGAAAUCGAGAUUUUUGAAAGUGUCGAAGACAGUUACCUCUUUGAGUGUAUUGGUGUGAAAAAAAUCAGGUUUUUUCGCGCGCAAUCGAAAAAUUUACAAACCAUUUUUUACCAAAAUCAUUUUUUGUCUGGCCGACUCUCUUUAUCUUGUGUGCUCUUUCAAAAAAAAUGAUUGUCGAAGGGAGGCAAAUUUUUAAGAUUUGAUGUAUGCUACGUACAGUGGCGGACCUGAUCCAGUGGCAUAAAACCUACCAUUUUGCGUCCGGGAAGUAUCAAAAAUCUGGCAAACUUCCCUCUCCAAGUGAAAAAACUCCGAUUUCAAAAGCGCGCUCACUCUUCUUGUGAGAGAAAGGGCGCGCCGUUCAAAACGGAGUUUUUUUUUAGUUGGAAAGGGAGGCGUUUUGCCACAUUUUUCAUACUUCCCGGAUGCAAAACGAAACGUUUUUUUGCCACUGGAUCAGAUCCUUCACUGUAAAAUUCUGUAAAAUUUAAAGCAAAUCUGAUCUGGCUUUUAUUGUAAGGUUUUUAUUGUAAGCAAAAUUUGGGAUCGCUUGAAAUUAAUUAAAUAGCAUUUUUAAGGUUAAAACUUCUUCAAGAACCUGAAAGAUUCGAUUCUUUUUUGUUUUCUCCCAAUUUCUACUCUGUUAUUGUACGUUCAGUUCGAUCGCUUGUUCCCUGCAUUACACUUGAUCUUAGUUCUUGUCAUCCGCUGUAAUUAUCUAUUGAUUACUUUUCUUCCGUUAUUUUCCAAGUAGUUUUUUGCUAUUCAUGUCAAAUCUUGGAGCGCUGUAAGCCGAAGAAAUCCAGGUUUUGGUUGACAGAACUGUCAGUUUGCAGCCUUCCAAGCUGUGGAAUUUGUUUACCCAACUCCCCUUACUCAUCUGCCAUUGGUGAUUCGGCUUAUUGCUUUUGAGAAUCCUCCAAAAGGAUUCAUAACCACAUCUAUUUCUUUACGCUGAAUUUUAGACGUAUGCUCCGAAAACUUGACGAAUUUUGCCGCGAAUUGUCAACGGAGCUCUAGGAAAUACGUGGGAUUCUUAGAUCACAAUUUUAUUGCACCAAGCGGCAAAAAAAACUUUUUUGUAUCUUUCCCUCAGUAAAAUUAUCAUACUGCUUCCAGGGAUAAAAAAAAUGAUUUUUCUCUGACGGAUCUCUUCAUUUUCCAUAGUCUUGCACCUGCAAAGAUUAUUGAAUAUCUCGGCUGUGUCUGUCAAGCAAGAUGUUAAGUUUUGAAUAACUGAAACAGCUCUUGUAGUAUACGUAACAAAUUCCAAGCUUGGAGAAUAUUGGAGGGUCACCCCGCUGAGAAUUUCUUGUUUUCAUCCAUACCUCUAAAAAUAACCUAGUUGUUGCUCCAAAGGCUUGUAAGCUCCAAAAACCGUCAAAUUGAACUCAAAUUCGAUCAAAAACAGCACCCGCUUUUAGUGUCAUCCCUAUUAUUUCUAGUUACUACUACAGUAGGGGGCUUGAUCCAGUGGCAAAAAACGUACCAUUUUGCAUCGGGGAAGCAUCGAAAAUGCGGCAAAAUGCUUCCCUCUCCAAGUGAAAAUACUUCUUUUUGAAGGGCGCGCCUUUUCCCUCGCAAAAAGAGUGGACACGCUUUUGAAAUUGGAGUUUCUUCACUUGGAGAGGGAAGCAUUUUGCCACAGUUUUGAUACUCCCCGGAUGCAAAAUGGUACGUUUUUUGCCACUGGGUCAGGUCCCCUACUGUACAUCCAGAAAGUCGCUGGACCGAUUUUUGGCUUUUUCACAAUGUUAGAAAAGUCAUGGGGGAAGCGACAGGCGAAAAAAGUCAUUGGCAUGCAAAAAGCCAGAAACUGCAUAGUUCAAAGUGAACCCCUGUUUCCGCACAGUGAGAUUACCCCAGCGGCUUUACGGACAAACUAAAAGUCUGUCGAAAAAAUUGUGAACGCAAUGUUGCUGCGCUAAUCGCGUCACUGAAGUCAAAAGUAAUUUGAUUUAGUCGCGACACAAUUCAUUUUUGCGAUUUACCAACAUUGCUCAUUAUUUUCCCGACAGACUCCUAGAGACAUUUUCCCGCCACCCUUUAUCCCCUAAACUCCAACCCCAGUCCAAGCACCGCUUGUCCCGGCCGUAAACAUCUUGAUCUAACCCAUUCCGCGAGAGCCUCCCACCAUUCCCUUUGCCGGUCACGUCUGACCGCAAAAAUAUUGAGAAGUGUAAGGUCAAAUUAAAAUAAAAAGGCGCCUUUUAGAGUCGGACCUUAACGUUGGAGAAUACAGUUAGAGGAGAGAUUCGCGCACCGAAAGUCUUUAAGCGACGCAAUUUUCGUACAAAAAACGAUUUUUGACGGGUCGAAAAUAAAAGUAAUCCCUUACUCGCUUUUUUGGAAAUUUACUUUUUUCUACUUUUUUGUUAAUUAGAUGGCUGUGGUGGAGUUGUAAACCCGUUAAGUUGAGGAGUUGUGGGAGAUGUUGGGGAUUGUUUUUGGGUUGGUUUGAAAUAGAGAACUUGAAAGUUCGAAUCGAAUGCGGGGGGUGGUUAAAGGGGUGAAUUGUAAGACUGUAAGGAAAGUGCCAUAAAAAAAGAGUUGUAGGCCGUUUUAACGCCUAGUACUGCAAAAUUUUCUAACAAGUUUUUCUCAAGUUUAACUUCUAGAUAGUAGUCUUAAAAGACUACUAUCUAGAAUAAUAUUUUGAUUUAAAAAAAACGGUUCUCGAGGUACGACAAGUCGAUUCUCUUCCUUCAUAUGUAUAUGAAUGCCUUUGAACAUUUUAGUCUCAAUUUGUCCUACGGUCAUCAAAAUCCGAAUGUUCCAUUCUGAGAUCUUUCUUGAAAGAAAUUACUUCUUUGCCAUGACUCUGUAUAGCGCACACAUUUUUGUUAGCAAAAUACGCCCCGGCAGGAUUAAAAUAAAUUUUGGUACUGUAACAUCGGAAAAAGAUUGUUGCAAUUUUUGAAUUUGCUCUUCGUUUGUUUCUUUGAUUAUUAAUUUUGGCAUUACUAUUUUUCGGCUUUACAAGGACACGGUUCCUUAUCAGGUCGAAAGCGGUCGGCCUAACCCGUUUGAAAUUCCUGGCUCGGCCUGCUAACUCAGGUAUAAAAAUAAAUGGUAAGAGCUAGCCAAAAAUCUCAAAAAAUUUUUUAAUUUUUUUAAAAAAACUGCAAAAACGACUGCUGAAUUCACUCAAAUUUAAAUUUGGCCAACAUUUGUAUCAAUUAAACUUUUCCCUGACCUCUUAAUUUUUGAGUAAUUUUUUCCUUCUGCUACUACAAUCAUUUUUUGGCUCCGGCCCGAGAGCCAUGUCUAGCCUUUACCUUUUUUUCGGCGAAUUCACCUCGUAUCCCCUCCGCAUAAUCUAUCAAAACAAUGUAAUAAAAUUUGCAAACUAAAAGCACCAAUUCUUCAGGUGCACAUCUUCUGUGAGGCCGUUGAAUUGCCGACAUCGCCGAUUCAUCUGCUAGUCCAUCCCUCAACCGCAGCCUCAGAAGAGAGCACAGAAUUUCGACCGCCGAGUCCAAUGGCGGACUAUGACCAGCCCCAUGUGGGGCACGUCUCGUUCUCAGGUCUGAGUGAGCCGUGUUCAGUGGGCAGUGUGGUGGAGGUGGUGGUAAGUUUGGAUCGCAAAUCUUUGACCGAUUUUUGGUCGAAAAAGUGAAAAAUCUUUUUUUCGAAUUUUAAAAAGAUCUAAUUCCCUGAGGGUUCUUAACAAAGACUGAUAUUAAUAUUGCUUUCAACUCAAAAUUUUGAUUUUUUAUGACUUUACGAGUGUCAUCUUGUCCAUCUCCGACAAUAUUUAUAACAGUUUAUAACAUGGCCUUAUCACUAAGGGCCUCUCCGAAAAUUCGUUAUCAAUUUUUUUGAUGUUUCCGCUGAAUACUGCCCUUAAAAUUUUUGGAAUAAAAAGUGCGAGUCGUAUACUCCUUGUAAACAAAAAUAAGAGCGUCUUCUGAUCAAGAAAAGAAAGGCUGAAAAUGACUGAAAGUAGUCUUAAUCCGGCCCAAGAUAUUACAGUUUGUAUUGCAAAAUCAGCCUCUAGGAAGCAAGAAAAAAGAGGUUUCUUGAAAAUUACAGGAUAAUGAGGAGCUUUCUGUUCAUCUUGUGGCGGCAGCCACUACAAAAUUUGCCCGUUGAAACGUCCCUGUAGCUCUUUAGAGGUUUUCUAAAAGUGUUAGGCCAUAAAGCAGAAAUCAGGACCUUAGACGGUCCUGAUUUUCCAUCUCAAGUCAAAAAAGAGCGCUCAUAAGCUUUCUAGAGAACAUGCAAUGUUUCAAACGCUGUCCAACUACAAAUAUAACCUUCUAAAAUAAGUUUGAAUCCCGAAGAAUGCUCCUAAACUCUCCCAAAAUUUGUUUUAACCCUCGGCAAACAUUCCCCAGCCCUUCCAAAUUUCCCGUUGCCUCUUUCCCCAACCCAACUUGCAGAUCAACGCGCAAGGCGGUCGGGCGCAGCAGGACGAAGUGUCCGUGUUAUCAGUGGCGCCGAGUGGGAAGCGGCGAGAGUGCGAGAUCAGCCAUCGGGCCAACUUCUUCACCGCCAUUUUCCAGCCGGACGAAGUGGGUGAGUUCCCCCGUUAAUGUUGCUACGCUCCGGUUCGCAUGCAGGCCAGUGGCAGAUCGGGAUCGUGUACGCCGGCGAACACAUCAAAGGCAGCCCAUUCGACGUGCAAGUCUUCGAUGCGGACCGAGUGAAUGUGUACGGGUUGGACGUGGGAUUGGUGGGACAGGAGCUCAAAUUCACCGUGGACGCGCAACAGGCCGGCGAGGGAGAGGUUAAUGUGAGUUCUGAUGAUUUUUUGGAGGUUUGGAGAUUUAGGAAGGUCUAACAUUGAAGCUACGUUUACCCCGUUUUUCAGGUCUCAAUAUUCAAAAACCACCGUCAAAUCCCUUGUGGGGUUGUGGAAGAGGGUACCCGCCAACGCUACAGAGUUCAUUUCACACCAGACGGGCCAGCCCGCUAUGAAAUUCACAUAACCUUCAAUGGCAUGGAGAUCAAAGGCUCUCCUUUUAUAUUGGACAUAGCCGAUGCGAGUCAGGUCUCGGUUCACGGAGAACAGCUGAAGACGGCGGCCGUCGACCGAAUCGCUCACUUCUUUGUUAACGCGAUUGGAGCGUCGGCCAAGGAUCUGAAUGUUGUGAUCACAGGUGGGUGGAGGACUUGAGACCUUUUGGGUCGAACAAGGAAGGUAUUCAAGAAUUUGACGACUUAUUUUGCCUUGGGCAUAGCGCAGAGCAAGACUAAGACUUGCACAGUCACAUUUUGAAUACCUUCCUUGUGAGAUUUUUUUGUGUUUUGCACGCUUCUCUUGCUCUCUCUCCGAUCUCUUUGAUCUCUCUGUUGGCACUCGGUUUCGGUGUGAAAAAUCGCAAAUUUAGAUGAAAUUUUAUGUUGAAAAUGAAAAACUUCAAUGCUCUAAAGAAAAUAGAGUACUGUGAGAAGAUCAUUGCAAAAGGCAAUGUAACUUAUGAAGUGUUUUUUGACGAAAAUUUAAACUUUUUGCCUAAAAAUGAUGACUUUUUUGGAUGGUCGUCCAUAAGAUCCCAAGUUUUGGCUAAACGCCCUCGAGCUAUUGCUCCAACCCAAGCUUAAUGGUCCUGUCGUCUAUGUCCGCGUCCGCUUUGCUUGUUCGUCUACAAAGACUUCAUCAAAAAUCGAUGUUAAGGGCCCUCAGGGAAGCAGAAGCAUGCGCGAGUUGCGCCCAUCGAAAACGGCGCCUUUCGCUGCGAAUGGAAACCCGUCGAAGUUGGUGAGUGCCGAUUUUCAUUUCACAUACGUACUGUGAUGUUUAGGCGAGCACAAAAUCGACGUUCAACUGUAUGACCAAUCGAUCUACGACCACACUUUGUUAUGUAAUGUUGGAGAUCCGGAGCUGGUCACUGUCCGAAACAUACCUCAAUUUAUCGACUUAAACCGACUUGGUCAGGACCUCAGCUUCGAGAGUAAGUCGCUUCUACUGACAUUGCUAUUUUAAAUCCUUUUUAUGACAAAAAAUUUCAGUUUCAAAGAAAUCGGGGCGCUUCAAAAAAUCUCAUUUUUUCAUAGAAAAAAUUUACAGGCAAAAACUCAUUUUGGCCUCAAUAUUUGCCUAAAGGCCAUGUAAAGAUUUUUUUAAUUAGGGAUUUUCUAAUAAACGACAUUAUUUUUUUUUGUAAUUUCAAUUUUUUCCAUUUUUGAAAAAAAAAUCCGUCAAAAAUCCAGCUGUUUUUUCUCAAAAUUUUGGUUGUUGCAACAUCACAAGAGACGAGGGGAGACCUUCGUUUAGUCAUUAACCUCCAUUCCGUUCAUUGUUUUUGUUCAAAAACCACUUUUUAUUGCGAAUUCCUCAAGUGGAUGAGGGAAUUUUUUGAUUUUAUCUCUGUGUCUCUUCAAUUUAUGAGGUCUUUUUGCGAUUUUUGUAAAAAUUAAUGAAAUGUGUAUGAGCCAAAAUGAAAUUUAUAAAAGAUAGUGCGUAUUUUAAACAAUUUUUUAUAAUUUUUAUAAAAUUCCCCCUAAUUCCUCCACAUCGCCUCCUCAUAAAGUUAUCCCCCGUCCGCAACUCUCCCACUUAUUUUCGCCGAUUUUUUUAGUCGACGCCGCUGCAGCGGGGUCGGGCAACCUGGAGAUUAUAAUCAACGGCGGUCGGGUGACAUGCCGUGUCCGCGAGCUGAAGACCCGGCAUUUCCUCGCCGAAUUCACACCUCUGCAGCCCGCGCCUCAUGUGAUUGAGAUGAAGUUCAAUGGAGAGCAUGUGCGAGGGUCGCCGUGGACGUUGCCUGUGCGGAAUGGCCAAGGCUCGGUGGAUUAUUCGACGAAUGCCGGGAUUCGGCAACUACGGAGUCAGCAUGUGGAGGAUGAGCCGUAAGUUUUGGUUUUUGAAACGAUGGCUUCUUCGCCGAAAUACUUUGAAAAAAAUCUUUUUAAUUCCUAAUUUCCGUAAAGGGAAUCUCUCCGAUUUUAUACACACACUUUAUAUUGAUGACUUUGAUAUAAAAAAGAACUUUCCGGCUCCAAAAUCCCAAUUUAAAUUGGUCAAAUGCAUCCUUACAGUUUUUUUUAAGCUGUGUGCAAACAUAUAGCUGACAGGCUUAACAGUUAUUCUACGUCGUUUUCAUUUUUCAGCUACUCGGAGCUAGUUGGAGUAGGCCUUCAUCGAGCCCAAGUAAACGCAACAAGCGCGUUUGAGAUCAACGCGUCCACCGGGAUUCUGAAGGCUUCAGAUGUCAGGGUUCGACUAACAGGUAGCUUAUUCCUCCCAUCAAUCAGCUACACCUUAUUUAACCAUCAAAAAAAUCAAAAUUUACGUUGUUUCAGAUGCCAGCGGGACACCGUUGGAUGUUCGAAUUUUCGAGCAACGCGACUGUGUCCGUUGCGAAUAUGUUGUUAAAAAAGUUGGAGACUACUUGUUGGAGAUUUUCAUCAACAAUCGACUCAUCGAUUCGGGCCCUUUGACAGUCACUGGCUAUGACAUUCACAAAAUCAAGGUUCAACCGGUAAAAGACGGAAGCCCUGGGGAACCAGUGCAAUUCAUUGGUAAGUACUGGCAGGGAAUUUUAUUGUAAUACUGUAACAAUGUUGUUAAUCCAUUCAGGCCUUCGAAUCAUCGAGAUUACCUGGUCCGCGAUAUUGUUUUAGGUUAUUUAGGGGGAAUUUUGAUUAUUUUUCAAUUUUCAGUAGGUAAAUGAGGUACAAAAACGGCAGCUCCAGUUGUUGUAAAAAAUCAAGCUAUUGUGGUUUAUAUUACCAUCUCAAACAGGUCAUAAGGACAUAAGACUCCUUGUCAAAUUUUGGUUUUCCUCAAUUUUUUGGACGUUUUCUUUUUAAGCUGCCUAAAACAAGGUGAAACUCGCAGAUAUUAGGUUGGCUAAUAAGUUCUUGAAAUUUUUUACGAUUUCUUCUUUGUGCCAAAACUUUUUUGCGGUUGACAAACAAUAACUGAUAUAUCCAUGCUUAGUAACUGUCACAUAGUCCCUACAAUACUAAUGCUGAGCGACGUCUUCAGCAGGCAUAUCAAAGGAGUUAGACUUAAAAUCUUUUUUUGGAGUCACUUUUUGGAUGUUCAAAUGUAUUAAAGUUUCUUCCAUGAAGACAGUGCGCCAGUUUAUGGAACUGAUGUCUGUUACAGUCGCCGAUGCUCAAGCUGUAAAACUGUCGGGGAAGUGGAUCCCAUUCGAAAUGUUUAGAAACUUUUUACUAACAUCCUUGUGGCGCAUGGCUUUCCGCGUCGUCCCGGUAUCCCAAACGGCGGUUUUCUUUUUGCCCGCUGCCCGCAGCUGGCCAAGGUAGCAUGUAUAAGCACCCUUCGUAACUGUGUUACCAUUUGGUAACAACGGCAAGAGCGUAGGCCUAUGACAAUUCCAAGAGCGACUCAAAAAUACCCUCCUGGAGAUGGACUGUUGCUUGGAUCUGAACUUCAGAAUCCUGCACGUCAAAUCAUUGGCUCUUGUUUACAUGGUUAUAAUACAGGACAUACUUCUCAUUAACGCGCACUAGUUGGGCUGCUGAGAUAUAUGUUUGGCUAAAAAGCAGCAGUUUUCAGAUGGACUCCCUGUUGAAAACCGGUCAAGCCCUAAUGAUAAAUUUGGUCAUAUCUUCAUAUUGUGUGCAAAAGAUGGAAAUGUUUUUGCAUCAUACGAUACACGUAAAGCUGCUCUGUGUAUUAAUUCACACAAGCUUCAAUAGCAUUCCUUAACUAUCUUCAAAAUGGUCCGGCGGUCUUAUUAUAAACUAAAGUCAUAGUCGCCGUUAGUGAGCCUUUAGGACCAGUACACUACCGUGGCAUUGUUAACGAUGUUCAGGCUUUAUACACCGUUUAGUUGGGCUAUAGAACCGGUGAGUAUCAGACCUCUUUAAGCGCUGUAGAAGAAACCACCUCAAAAUAUGAUCUUUUUCAACAUGCCGUUAUAAAACCUUGGCAAAGGCUGUGACCUGGUUGCCUCUCUACUUGACAGUACUCAAGCUCUACUACAAGUUAUAUAUUGCUGUCCUUGCUAAACUGUCCCAAAAAAACCGUAGUGAUACAGAGCAAAAAAUUUCAAGAACUUAUUAGCCAACCUAAUAAUACCGCUUAGAGCAUUUUCUUUGUUUCCAAAUUCACUAGGCACUAGGAUACGUCAUUAUGACGUCUGUUUUGCCCAAGAAUUUAAAAUUUUCCCUUUUUUUCUCAAUUUUUCCCAUUUCCCUCAUCAAUAUUACUCAUCCCUCAAUUUCUAAUUGACAACGCAAUUAGUGAUCGUUCUGAGAAUUUACAACAUUGUAGAAUCCUCAGCCCUCCUCAAUUUUCAAUUCAAACGUGCUUUUUCCCCCUUUUUAUUGGGCCUUUUCCUCCAUUUUUCAUCGAGGAAUUUUAAUCGAAACAGGUCGACAAAACUUUUCGAUCUCGUUUUCGAGCGCUGACAGCCACUUUACACGCUUGCUUGGUGGGAAAUGUUUACAAAUUUAUGGGUUUGCAGUAGCGAUGGGAGAUGAUUUUGCUUACUUUUUUGGAGGUUUAGUGGAAGGGUUUUAUUGGGGAAAUUUUUUGGGAAGUUUGAACGAGAGAUGGCCCUAGUUUGAGUCUUUGAUCAAGAUGAAAUUUAGGGAAAAUUUAGAGUUACAUUUUUUAAGAUGUAUGGGGUUUUUAUCUCGCGUUAUGCAGAAAUUACCGAGAUUUUUAAGUCGAAAGUUGGCGUAAUUUUGAAUUUUUUGGCGAUUUUUGGCUUCAAAAAGUCAUCAUUGGAUUAAAGCAGGAGUUAAAAAGUUCCAUAAAAAAUCCAAACUUUUCCAAGGAAAAUUUAAGGAAUUGUCAUCGAAAAAUAAUUUAUGUUAGGCUACAUUUCCGAAAAUUUUUUGUUCGAUCGGAUAUGGCGUAGCAAUAAAUAUUAGCGCAAGAGAAAAAAACCGUUGAAAUGAGCUUGAAAAUGUAUCAAAAAAAAAGGUUUCGAAGAUAUCAGCGAUUAAUUUAUGUAUUGCGUAACCUUGGGUUUAUUGCUUCGCUACUCAAGUUUAUGGAGUUGUUGCGAACGGCGGCGAAUUAUUUUAAGAUUGAAAUCAAUUCGUUUGAAAAAUAUCUAAUGUAUUGUUUACAACCCAAGACUCUGAAUUUUGCCUCCGUAACAUUACUGUUUAAUGUUUUCCAUUCAUUUUUUCGUACAGCUGCCAAGUGAGGUGUAGUUUAUCGUCGCGUUUUUUCGAGCGCGCUCCGAGUUUUGAGCCGAUUUUUGUGUCGGAAUCAAGCAGAGCCGUCGCUUUUGUCGCAACAGAAGCCCGGACUGCCUGAGGGUUUUAACUUUUUUUUUCCGACUCAUUUCUGGAUUCGUUUUUGCAUUUUGACCGGGGCUUUUGAGUGGAUCGGAAAAAGUUUUUGCGUCAACUAUUGUGUAAUAUUAUGUAACACUGGUUGCAUUGGGGCUAGUCAAGAUUUGGCGGAGAAGUCAAAAAAGGAUAGGCUGAAAAACGCGCUGUGAAUUUCACCCCAUAAGUUGCUGUGCCUGCAACUUAUGGGGUGAAAUUUUGCAGCAAUUCAUGUAAAGGGAAUAUUGGGUGUGUACAUAAAACUUUAAGAAUAUGGGUCAUCCUCAUUUUGGGCUAUCCUCUAUUUCGGUCAAAGACCUCUCCUAUACAUGUAGUUAAAAUCGCAGAUAUCUUCGCAGAAAUGACAUUAAGAAUGACUUAAAAAACAGAAUCGUAUUUUACCACAAAAAAAUUUGCUUCUCCAGGCCUUUAUCAGCGCUUUUGGAAGUCUUGUAGGCUUGGGACAACAAAUAGCAAGGGUAACAAAAAGUUUGUUCGUUAUAAAAAAGCUUCGUUAUCCAAGGGUUAAUUUUAGUCUCAAAAUGUUCUAAUAGCCAUAACUUCUUUCAACAAUGGAAUUUUUAGGCUGGAUUGCCCGCUAUAUUGAGAUUGCACCCCAUUUUUGUCAAGGAUUAUAUCACUGAUACUCUCCUUUUUCAAAUUCCCUGCUUUUCCAAUUUUUUGAGGUCAACCUUGUUUCCUCUUUACUACAAUACUCCCCAGGCCCUCUGUUCUCUCCCCGGGUCGCAAUUCCCUUGUAUUCCAAUCCCAUCAGCCAACAAUGCCAGUCUCAAUUCAAAGGCCAUAAGCCUACAUUGAUAUAUACAAAAUAAUACAAAAAUAACGGCCGUCAACUGCCGCCAUCUUUUGUCAUUCCGAAACCACUUUUUGCCCGGGAAUUGUCGGGAUCGUAGUAUUGUAAUCUCAGCCUCUCUCCCGCUCUCGCCUCGGGCGUUUGGCUUUGGGAUUAAGUGACCUUCACACUUAUAACCAGUUUUGUUUUUUUUAUUAGUACUCUGGCACUGGAGGGUACGUCAUGGACUUUGAGCUCGGAUAUUUGUAUGGCUUUUCGGGGAUUUUUGAGGGGAAAUAUGAGAUUUUGCAGUCGAUGAAAUGUCACCUAUCCUUUGCGAAUUUUCUCUUGUCAAUUUCAAGUUCAAAAACUUGGAAAAAAAUCGAACGUUUGACCUAAAAUUCUCAAUGCUAUCUGCAAGUUUGCAGCUCAAUGUUUGGUAGAUACUCUCAAAACCCCUAGUCAAAAUUUGUGCCAAAUUUCAGCUAGAUCUGAGCGUCUCACGUUAAGCAUUAUCAGCAGCACAUAUUUUCCUUUUUCGGUCAUCAAAAUCCCCAACAGUCAAUCUAACACACCUCAUAAGGCAAAUCACCGGCUAUUACAGCCUCUAUUCUAAUUUAUUCAAGCGCUUCCCCUCCCAAUCCCCUCAUUUGUCUACGAUCUCACUUUUAUUUCCCCGCUUUGAAGCGUCCGCUGAAUUAUAAACCCCUCCAUUUAAGUGUAUAUUAUUUACAAAUAAUCAACCCGCAAUCUCUUCCUCCCCAAUUCCCCCAUCUUCUGCGUUGUUUGCUGGUCUUGAAACCCUCUCUUUUCGUUACAGCGCGCACUCUGUUUACCCCGGUUCGAAGGCCGCCAUCUCACGUGGAAACGCGCGCCCCUCGUAUUGGCUUAACUCUCUUGUAUUGUGUUGCUAUCGAAUAUCUAUAGCUGAUUUUUUUGUUUACUCGUCCUCUGCAGCGAGUGAUGGGGGAUUUUAAUUAUAUUUUUAUACGUUUUGUCUGCUGUUUUGAUGGAGAACGGGGGGUUUCGAACGAUAAAAGGGAGCGGGAAAGAGUGAGUUUUCGAGGAUUUUCGAUGAAUUUAGGGGGAAUCGUGAAUCUAAAAGUCUAAUGAGAUAUCGUACAUGAUAACGAACCAAAAAAGGAGCCCUCUAGAUAAGGAAUUUGCUCUAAAAUGGGCACAAACGCUGAUCCUGCUCUAAAAAUUGCAACCUUAAUGGUUUACACCUCUAAAAUCAUUUUCAAUUUGAGACAUCUUUCUGUAAAAGGCUCCACUUCCCUAUUGUGUCCUAUUCCGCAAAGUUAGAGCAAGAUGGGAUUGAAAAACUUUUUUCUCUAACCGUCUCUCUUCAUUUUCAAUAGUCUCUUCAUUAUCCUUCAAUAUUUCGGCUCUGAUUGCAAUAGCAUGAGCUAAAACUUUCAGGACUUGAAAGCUGUGCCAGAUAGAGCAAGCAUCCAAAAAUUUGAAGAAAAUCGACCAGUCGUAUAUCGAGAAAUUUCCUUUUUAAUUUUUUUCCUCUAGCCCUCUAAAAUUUCAUUUUUUCAAAAGUAAUUUUUUUCCUCUCAAUUCCAACUUAAUUACUAACUAAACCCCUUGCUCCUAUCCCUCCACAAUCCCAGUGAUAGCUUUGUCCUCAAGAAUUUUGUCAUUAUUUGGUCUUCUGACUCAUUUUCCUUCUCCUUUCCCUUCCCGUUCUUACACUGGGUAAACAGACGCAGGUAGAGUGGGUAUAAGGUUAGGGUGGCGUGGGAAAGGAGCCCUCCUAUGGAGGUUUAAGAAAGUUGAGACCGAAAUUUGAUUUCUGAACCGAUAUUAUGACGUCAAUUAUAUUGUACGAGUCAAAACCUUUUUUAUUCAUAAAUUCAAUUGAACUUUUUAGUUGUAAAAUUCUUUUGUAUGAAAAAAGAAACAAUUUAGAAUCAAGGAUUUCUUUUCUACCGAUUUUUUUAAACUUUGAUUUUUAAAAAUUCCAAAAAAGUCUUUGAUUUUCUUAAUUUUCGUCAUUUCCCCGUCUGAAAAUUGCUGUUGUUGCCCUUAAAAUUUGGAGAUGGGCCAUUAAGAAGGCUCUUAAAUCGUCGCAUUUGUUUUGGUGUCUAAUGUUUUUGAACUAUUUCCCAUGUAAGACCUUUAGUUUUGACCUUUUGCUGACUUUUUUGUUUUCCGAUUUGCCGUUUGCGAAAAUAAUGAUUCCCUUUUCGACAUCUCAAUUUAUAACGUCUUUUGGAUGUGAUUGUAAUGUUUAAGAAUUUGGGUUGUAAUUGAGAAAAAAUUGGAGAUUUUUGAUUCUGCAUACUAUUUGUCUAUUACAACAUAAAUUUAAACAGGAAAUUACACAAAAUUCGACUGGUCGAUUCUCUUCGAAUUUGACAUAAAUAUAUGAUACUUGAACCACAAAUCUAUUGCUAACAAUUUUGUCUUUUGCGUUACAAGGAGAGCUGAAAAAAAAUCAAAUUUGUGGCAAUUCCUGUACUAAAAAAUCUCAGCAGUUUCUGCAUUGCGCGGUCCAAAAAUUUGUCAUUUUUCUUCUUUACUCAUGAUCAAAACAUAUACCAAAUUUUAACAAAUUCCCACUCUUGGAUUUUGACAAAUUGCAAGCUAAAAUUCCAUCACAUUUUUUGAUACUUUCCCAUUUUUCACCAUAAAAUUGUUGAUCUGCCAGCGAGAGCAGCAACCCCAACUACUGCCCAACUAACUGUAAGCGCGUUCCGCUCACUUUUACUCUCUUGUUUACUGUUUAUUUACCCGAAAAAACACUUGCAUCUUCUCCAUCCGACCCUCUAUUUUUCCCGCAAGUUCAGCGUUCUCAAUUUUCUCUGUUUCAAUUCGAUUGCCCCGCGUUAUAUAAAUACAUCCAUGAUCAAACACACAAUGCAAUCCUAACCUUUUGGAAGGCGCUGCGGUUACUAUCGAUUAUAUUGGGGCGAUCCGAGACUUUUCUUUGGCGGUUUGUAUUUGAAAAACGGGGCCGAAACUCUUGAUGUUUGUAUUACGAACUAAAGGAGAGUUUCAGCUCAAGUUUGAGUAGUGGUAUCAGGAAUUCGCUUUAAAGCCGAUCGGUGCAACCUUGACUAUUUUUACGCAACAACUUUGACAACUUUCACUACCUGAUAUUAUAUUUGAUGACUAAAGCCACAUAUGGUUCGUUUUUCAAUUUUAUUGUCUCUAAUAUGAUUAUUAAGCCCAUAUUAGAUCAAAACCUACAUAUUCUUAGUACACCUCUGGCUUUAAAAUUACCCCUAGCUUUUAUCUUAUGUCAUCAAUAAUAUUCUUGACACAUUUAAUAUCAAGUAUAACACCUAUUACGAUGUCAAAAACCGUCUACAUACCCUCCAAAUCUCCCAAAUAGUCCUCCCAUCUUACACUGACAUUACCUUAUCUUUCGCACUUUUUUCGGGAUCAUUUUGAUAUUAUCCUUCCCACCUUGAUGACCAAUUAGAAAGUUACGUCAUCAUGAUUAAUAUCGAGGUGUUUUGUUGCAAAUUCUUGUCUUGUUGUAUAUAUUACAGCAUACGUUUGCAAUAUGUCAGCCUUGUAAAUACUAAUUAACCCAAAUUUAAAUCAAAAAUGAACUUUUUCGAGUAUUUGAAGCCAUAAUUUUCAUGGAUAAGGUAAUAAAUCCAAAAACUUCUACACAAAGCUCCAAAAAUCAAGUUUCAACUAAAGAUUGCGCUCUCAGCUCCUUGAAAUUCUACUUGAACAUCCGUUUCUAUCCUUAGACUUUCCCCCGGAACGGUUUUCCAAUCUGUUUCCAACAAAAACAUGACACUUGUCAAGCGUUUUGCCCCCAAAACGCUUGCAAACCUCUCUUUCCGGUCCAAUUACUCCUCCUUAUAUGAAUCACGACCCACAUAAAUAUUAAAUACCCGUGUUCGCGAGCUAGCAUCCCACGGAGCCAUCCGAAAAAAUUCUUUCAGUUUUCCUUCAAAUGCGGUAAAAUUCUCUGUCGAGAAGAGAAAAUCGCCUCAGGUAAUCUUGUGAUUCGUUGGCCAUGGAGCGGAACGGCUAUGUGUCGCAAUUAUACGUGAUUCCUGCAGUUGACGCGGCCGAAGCCGGCAAAGGCCAGCUGGAGAUUAGUGUGAAUCAGGGCAAGGUACCGAACAAUGUGCAAAUGCAAGAUGCGGGGCGCUGUUUGGUCACGUUCAUACCACAACAUGCCGGAACAUAUGUCAUCGACGUGACGUUCAAUGGUCAACAAGUCCAUGGUAAGUCUUUUUUCUUUCUUUUCUUUUUCCUUACGAACUAUAUUUUAUUAACUAUCAUUACACGUCAAUCCACAAUAGAAGAAAAAAUUUCCCGCCCCUUUUUGGUGAUUCGUUCAAAACGAAAUGUCACUAUCCGAUAAAACGCAUUUUCUUAUCUUUAUCCUUCCUUUUCGAGAAAAAGCAAUUAUUUUGGGCGAGAAAAAGUGCCGACAAUUUCGCGACAUUUCGUCUCUCUUUUAAAUCAAUGAAAACGAUACAAAGUUUCGAAACGGUUCAGGAAAUGCGCUGGAUUGACGAUAAUAUAUUAACCAUAUAUCUUUCCAGGUUGCCCCAUCCAAGUUGACGUCAACUCAAAACACGUCGGAAAGCCCUUAUCCCACGCCGUUCAACACAAAACCGGAGGAACUGGAGUCGCCGUGGCCGGCGCUCCCUCGCCGGCCCCAUCGACCAUCGAACGAGGCCCCUCUUCCGCCUAUUUCUCCGGCGGCUCACCUCAGAUCGACACCUCUUUCCAAUCGCCCGUCUCCCCGCUAUUCCAAAGUCAGCACAGUCCCAGAAGCCCAACGCUGAUUCGCACUCACGACACUCGAUCCACGGAAGAACGGACUCUCAAGUCUCCACGUUUGGUCGAAACCGCCCCAAGGGCCGGAGGCCUCGGCUAUACGGUUGCGCAAUAUGGAGAAGGACAACAGCCGGAUACAGCGACUACUUAUCGGUCAAGCACUACCACGCGAUACUUCGGAGAUCCCAGAGAUCGCACGGAAGCCUUGAGAAGUCCUCCACAAGGCGAUUCCACGGUCGAUUCUGGGCUUGGAAGUUUCACCGUGACGAAACACAGGUAUUUUGAAUCCGCUGACAGUCGGCCUCACAGUACCGUCGAGCCAGAAUGGAGGAAGAGCAUUGCCGAGCAAGCUCCGCCAGUCCCAAAAUCGCCACCCCCGCCGGAAGAAUCAGCACAAUUCCAGAUGACCAGAUCAGCGGAAAUGAAGUUGUAUCAAGAUCAACAUCCGACCAAAGUGAAGACCGAAGACUUGACAUACAAAAAGAGUGGAAGUGUAGAAGAAGGCUAUGACUAUCGCGUGACUUCGGAGGCUCCAAGAUUCAAGGCUCUUGGAGGUCAAGGUCAACAGCAAUCGCCAGCUCCACUAGGGGAUGUUGCACCUACUACAAGAUACGAACCAGAGGUUCAGCGGCCUUCCUCAAGAUACGAACCAUCCUCCAGAUAUGAAGAGGGAGUUCGAAGAUACGACGAGAGAUCUCCGGAAGUCCACAGAUAUGAGGAGCCACCAGUAGAAACAAGAAGAUACGAAGAACCACCAAAGGAUUACGAUGAACCACCAAGAGCAGAGGUCGGUGCCCUCAAAAAAUCGACCGAAAUUUCGGGGAUUCCCUUCGAAGCGGCGGUAGAGACCAAACCGAAUGUUGAAUACAGUCCAGGCCAUCGAAGACAGCCAUCUGGAGCUCAAUCUACACCUACUACACCAGCCUCGCAACGGAAAAUCGAGCACGAAUCCGGAGCUGAGUCAAGGUCAUCAUCAAAGCCAACAACUCCAAGAUUGAGUCUGAAAUUCGGAAAAGACAAGAACAAAGAUCCCAAUAAGGGAUUCGACUUCGGAAAGAGCAAAUUCACCAGCAAGCAUGAGGUUGUUAGACGAGGAAAGGACGUAGAAGUCAAAUUGGAGAAUUUGAAACUGUCAAAGGAGGAUCAAUUGAGAAUUGUCGUACUUCGUAAGUCUUACAAUUAUUUAGAGAUAACUAAGGUUCCUAAAACUAGACCGUCUUCGAAAACAACUGUGUUACUGUAAAAUCCGCGAAUUUCUCUAUCCAAAUCCAUAAAUUCCGUGUUUUUGUUAUUUACUCAUCUCGGAAUUCCUCCAGCGACAACAGGAGAUAGUGAUCGCUCUAAUUUUGUGAGGUCUCGACUUCAUUCGGAGGUUUUUUAAAAAUAAAAUUCCUCCGGAUAAUUUUAGCACCCUGCGUCUGGAAAACAGCUACCCGUGGGAAAUUUUGGUAAAUUAGGAACUGUAAGGAACCUAGACUUCAAUUUUUGGUAUCAAAAAACCGUGAUGGAAGUGAAAAUAUAGAAAUUUUGGUAUUUUGGCGACCUUGUACUUUCAAGGCCUAGGGUAGUAUAACAACCGGAGAUAGAGAUGGGUUUUGUCGACGGAUCUAGUUGAUAAACAAACUCAAUGAUGGAUAAAUAAUUCUCUAUUGAUUUCAGCCCCCUCCUCAGCCAAAAGCGAAGACCCAACGGCCGCUCCGGACAUUCCUCAUCGCGUGAAGAAGUCGGGGAAAACCUACGAAAUCUCGUUCCAUCCGUCCGAAGUCGGCACCCACAAGGUCUUGGCCUUCAUCAACGACCAGCCCCAUCCCCAAUCCCCAUUCCCAAUCCGCGUCUACGACUCGUCGCAGAUCAUUGUUGGAGAUAUUGUACCUCAAAGUUUUGUGAACGAUACCGUCGAAUUCACCGUCGACGCGGGCCGUGCCGGCUUCGGGAAUCUGGAAAUGGCCAUCAAGGACAGCGACGACGCCAUCAUCCCGUCUCAUGUGAACCAGUUGGAGAGCGGAUCGGCCAAGUUUUUGGUCACCUUCAAUCCGACGACUGUUGGAACCCACACCGUCAACAUUACCUUCAACAAAGAGGUGAUCAAGGGCAGUCCAUUCGCCGUGCAAAUCAUCGAUCCAGCUGACGGAGGAGCAACGGAGUUGAGGUAGGCUCGAUUUUCACUAAAUUCGUCAAAAAAUUGUGAAAAAUAUGAAAAUGUCCAAAAAAUAGGUCGUAGAUGAUGUAAUUUUUAUAAUUUUUUCUAUUUUUUCGCAUAUUUUUGGCUAAAAUUGCCUAUGUUGUCGAACUAAAUGAAGUUUCCCACCUUUCAGCAAGAAAAAAGACAAGGGAAAAGAGAAAAAGAAGGACGUCAAGAAGGACAAGAGCAACGGACUCCCAAAACUCAAGGAUAACAAGCCGGUGGUCAGCAAACUCCCUUCCUUAUCUCGUGUCGGAGAGCCAGCUCAGUUGGCGGUGCAGAUCCCACAAGCUACUGAUGUGGUGUCCGCUGUCGUCACAGGUAUGUUCCAAAAACAACGAAAAUCCGAAUUUUAGACAUUAAUAAUAAUAUUUUAGGUGAUAUUUCGGCGAUUGUAAAAGUUUUUUGUUAUUUUUCUGGUUGCACAUUGCACUGAUUUCCGGUAUUUCAAUGUGCACAUCACAAUUCCUUAAAAAUUUGAAUGUGCACGAUUUAAAAUUGCCCUCGAUGGUAUAAAGUAAAAUCAAAAUUUCUCUUCAGAUUCAACCAAAGAAAGGCAGCCAGUUGAAGUGUUCGAAGAGGAACCCGGUCUCCGUCGAAUCGAGUUUGUACCGGUCCGUGUUGGUGAGUAAUCUUUGUUGAAUUAUCAAUUUUAGUGUUGCCCAUGCUGAAAAAAUAUUUUUUUUCAGGUGACCACGAGAUCUCGAUCAGUGUGAAUGGUCAUGAAGUAAAUGGCUCUCCAUUUACCUGCCGAGCCUACGAUCCAUCCAAAAUUGUGGUUGGAGUUGUUCCAGAUGGCGUAGUCAACAAACCCGUUCAUUUUGUUGGUGAGUCCGAAUCUUUAAAGAACUCUAACAAAAAAUUUAAAUUUCCUCUGAGCAAUGGGGGAAUCUGUCUGUUGUUUGAUGUUCCCGCAAUAAUAGGCUUACUCAUAAUUAUUUUUUACUCCAUUUCGCAUUGGAAAUCCGUCUGAUUUCUAGUGUUUUGAUCAGUUUCCGUAUCUUAUCCAUCCGAUUUUAGUGGACGCAAGCGAAGGUGGCGUUGGGAACUUGGAAGUCGCCGUAAACGAGGGCAAAAUCCCGUCUAUGGCCCAUCCGCUCGGUCAGCACAAGUACGACAUCAGUUUCGUGCCCAGAGAGAACGUGGACCAUCAUAUCAGCGUCCGUUUUAACAACGAGCCAGUUCCCGGCUCGCCAUUUUUGUGCCGACUUUUGAGCUCGAUUCAAGUGCGUGCGUCAGGCCCGGGUUUGGAGCGGAUUGCGGUGGGAAGAGAGACCGAGUUCGAGAUCACCGUGGAUGAGCCAGAGACCGGGAAACCUUUGGCCAAUCCUCCAUUGCCGGCCGUUUCUGUCCUCGAUGUUAAAGGCAAUCGAAUCCCGGUUACUGUCCAAAAAGAUCCCCGAACUUCGGAGCCCGGUCGAUUCUUGGCUUCAUACACUCCGAAGGUGGUCGGCAACCAUCAGAUUGAGAUUUUAUACGACGGAGAGCCAAUUCCCGGGUCUCCUUUCAGCGUGAAGGCCUUUGAUGCGUCUUGCUGCCGGUUGAUCCUCGACGAAAAAGCGGUGGUUGGAAAGCCCUGCACCUUCCUGAUUGACGCCGCAAAAGCCGGCGCCGGAAACAUGGAAAUCAUUGUCAGCGUCGACAACAAAAAUGUCCCCAAUUUUGUGCAAGCCGAGGGCCAAGCCCGCUUCAAAGUCUCGUUCACCCCGCAAGAGCUGAAGGAUCAUAUAAUUAGUGUGAAAUUCAACAGUGAACCCAUUCCUGGAUCACCUCUGAAGUGUCCCGUUUACAGUGGAGAGAAGACGCUGUCCUACGAGCCAAGUUACUCCGUACCACCACCUCUUCCAAGCUCUCCACCACCAGCUGAACAGGAAUUAAAACUGGUGGGGGAUUUGCAGACGGCUCAGAUUGGACGCCCCAAGGGCUUCAGCAUUGAUUCACCACAUCCUGGCGCCGAAUGUAAUGUGAUUGUGACUGGUGAGUGGCUUCAUUUGGUCUCUAUGGCCUCCUUUAUUUUCUCUGUCUAACGCCGACUUUCCGUUAAUCCUGUUUUUGGCUUGGUUUAACGUGCGUGCAGCGCUUAUUGGGGUGUUAUUGAGGUAGAAUAGGUAGUGGAAUGUCCUCAAAAAGUGGGAGAAAUCAGGUUCUAAGAUAUCAAAAGAUACGGUGGGUUUUGGUUAUUAUUCAUGGGGUCUAUGACACUCCAAAUUAAUGGGUUAAAAUAGGUCCAACUGGUCGUCGAAUCUCCGUGGAAAUGGUCCGAAUGGAUGAAGGAUUUGAUGUGGAAUUUACACCGAAAGAAGAAGGCAAGUUGACCUUUUCUUUUGUUGAAUUUCACCUUGUUUUAGGUGACUAUGAGAUUGAUAUUCAACUGAAUGGAAAAUCGGUGAUAGUUACAAAAUGCUCAGUCGAAUCGCCCAGCCAAAUUGCGACAACCUCAGCAAUCCCAGACCGAAUAACCUGCGGAGAGUUACUGGAAUUUGACGUCCAUCUAGGCCGAUUGCCGCGGAAUGAUGUUAGAAUUGAGGUCAGAUCCGAAGAAGGCGCUCUAAUUCAUUCGAACAGCCAAUUGGAUCGAGUCCAUAAUAAGAUUCAUGUGUCUUGCACAGUCCAUAGGCCCGGGAGAUACUCGGCAAUCGUCUAUCAGAACAAUCAAAUCGUCGAAGAGCACUUUUUCCACGCAACUCCCAGCAACCAGUGCGUCAAUUUCUUCGCUUUCAACGACAAAGCCCUGGUGGAUCAGAGCGCUCGCUUCGAGCUGGAAGUGGCUGAUGGAUUGGAGAGUCAUUUGCAUAUCGAAGUCACUGGUAAGAGCUUUUGGAAUUUUCGUAACGGAGGAUUAAAUUUUGGGAUUACUUUCAAAUUUGAUGACUUUAAUUUUUAAAAUUUUUAGACCCCGAUGGCAACUCUGUUCCGGUCUCUAUGCAUCGAACGGAAGGCAGAACAUACGAAGUGGAUUGGCUACCGAAAAGAGAGGGUCUUCAUGUUGUCUCAGUACUAGUUAAAAACGAACCAGUCGCCGGAUCACCACGCCAGGUCAACGUUCUUGAUUUAUCGACGGUUCAGUUGAUCGGACUGGAAAAUAAUGUGGUCGGAACUCAACAAAAGUUCAACUGUAAGAGAUGAAGCUUUGAAAAUAGGAAGAUUAAGUUCUAAUAGUCGUAUUUACAAAGAUUUUUUGAGAUUUUGAUUUUUCAAAUUUUUGCGUUAUACAGUACUUUACCAUUUGAAUUUUCAGUGGACUGGACAAAUUCCGGAGGCUCGACAGCGUCGGUAAAGGUGACUUACAACAACAAGGAUAUGGUGCCAUGCCAAAUGAAACGGAUCAAGCAUGGUCUGCACGCCUGCACAUUCACCCCGUCCAAUCCAGGCCUAUACCUUGUUGAUGUCUAUGUGGAUGAUGUACAACUCCCAGAAUGCCCGUAUGAAGUGAUUAUCAGCGACUCCAAUGCUGUUAGAGCCCGAGGAGACGCCUUGACGCACGCACAACAAGGCAAGACCGCAAGGUUUGAGGUUGUCGUAGGCGAAGGCGCAAGAAGUGAUCUGGACGUCCUGAUUACUGGUAGGUUAAUGCAAGUGUUUGUAGAUUGGUGAUGGAUGAAUGCGAUGAACACGUUUUGUUAUUCAGCACGACCCUUUUUCAGAGCACCACCGGGGAUUUGGAGGGAGAUUGGGGAGAUUUGAGGGGGAAUUUGAGAUUUUAAGCUUUUUGGGAUUUUUUAUGACGAAAAUUCGGCGGUUUUAUCCAGUUUGGCCUAAGAAUGGAUACACGCACAGCGCCUUUGUUAUGUUUGCUUGCUUCUGGCUUUAUUUGUAAAACUAAUACACUUGUUUUUUGUGUUUUAACCCUACUUUUUCCACUCUCAAUUCAUCAAAUUUUCAAGAUCUAAAUUACGAUUUCCAGAUGCCAACAAAUCCCCAUUGCCCGUCAGAUGCUAUAAACAGCAAGAUCAGAGCUACUGGGUCGAGUUUACCCCGGAAAAUAUCGGUAAGUUGUCAUCAGAUGUCACGGAUAAUAUAAUUUUAGGAGAACAUGUGAUUGAAGUUACAUUUGCCGAUGUCCCAGUCAAUGGAUCUCCCUUCCAUUGUGAGGUGGUUGAUCCGAAGAAGGUCAAAAUCACCGGACUUGGCGAUAUUGUCCAUCAACGACACAUCACCAAGGUUACUGUAGACCGACGAGAAGCCGGAAAAGGACAACUGGAUUUCGAAAUUACCGAUCCGCAAGGUCAGAUAUUAAAGGUGGACCGCCUUCGAACUGCUCCCGAAAUCGAUGCGUUCACAUUUUUGCCCAGCAAACUCGGCCAGCAUAAGGUGAAUAUCAAUUUUGCCGGAUUCCCGGUCCAAGGCGCACCUCGCUCCUUCAAUGUGGUUGAAUAUGGACAACCUAAGCUUGAAGGACCGGCCGUGCAGUCAGCCGUGGAAGUCGAUAAACCCGCGAAAUUGUGGUUGGAAUCCAGAAACGGCGGAUUGAAGAUCGAUGUCCGCGAUCAGCUUGGAAACAAGGUCCGACAUCAACUGGGAAAGGCCGAAAAUGGCGCCACUGAAAUCAGUUUCGUCCCGGUGAACGUCGGGAAAUACAGUGUGGACGUCCACUUGAACAACAAACCCUUGAAUGAAAAGCCCUUGGAAAUUACAGUGGUCGAUCCGAGAAAGGUCGUGGUCAAUGACGAGACCGCCAGAGCCGAUGGGACUUUUGUAUUAGGAACCGGUCAGAAAAACAUUAUAGAUGUGGACGCGACCGCGGCAGGCCCCGGAGAUCUGAACGCGGAGGUCCGAGACGCUUCCGGCGAACUUUUGAACAGUCAUGAAGCCAGAGCCGAGUCCCAAGGUCGAGGCAAACACCGAUUGAUCCUUCAGCCCGCCAAGAAAGGCCCUCUGAAGAUCUACCUCUACUAUUCCGGACUCCCCGUCCCUUCGGCUUACCCAAUUAUGGCCGUGGCCGAUAAAGCCAGUCAUCCACAUGUCAGCAGACAGUCCACGGAAAGCUCCGAACAGACGGUCCGAGUCCAUGGAGAUGGACUAAGUCGAGCGAUUGUGAAGGAGCCCGCUGAAUUCAUCAUUGACGCCAGUCAAGCCCCCCGAGCAAAAAUCUCGGCCCAGCUGAUCGGAGAACAAAAUGACAUCCCUGUGAGACUGCAGGAGAAGAGCAAUCAUAUCUACAAAGCCGUUUACACCCCUCUGGUUGGAGGAGAUUACGAGCUGAUUGUAAAGGUUGAUGGCCGCCCAUUGAGAGAGCAGCCCUUCAAGGUCCAUGUCCAAACAUUCACCACUCCAGCAGGCCAAAUCGAUGUCGAUUCGAGGAACCUGAAGCUGGGCAUCAUCGGCGAAGACAUCAAGACCACGAUUGACGCGAGAAAGGCCGGAUCCGGACAAUUGUCCGCCCAAUGUGAGGGCCCCACUCAGCUGGAGUACUGCGAACUCUACGACAACAGAGAUGGAACCUAUGUGUUGAGAGUGCAGCCCAAGGAACUGGGAAGGCAUGUGCUGAGCAUUAAAUAUGCCAAUGAGCAUGUCCCCGGAUCACCAUUCGUUUUUAACGUCUCCAAUCCACCGGACGCAUCGAAGGUCAAGGUCUACGGCCCCGGAGUUGAACAUGGCAUCUUGGCCACGUAAGAGCUUAUUUAUUUUAUUUUUUAUGAGUAAUAUGGAAGCUGAUGGUCGAAUUUGCAGAUUCAAAUCAAAUUUUGUCGUUGAAACUAAAGGCGCCGGAGCUGGCCAACUUACGGUACGAGUUAGAGGUCCCAAAGGCGCCUUUAAUGUGGAAAUGCAACGGGAUCGUCAACAGGACCGGACAAUUCAUUGUAAAUAUGAACCCAAAGAACCGGGAGACUAUCAAGUCGAGGUGAAAUGGCAUGGACAGCAUGUACCAGGUCAGAAAUUGGGGUUUAUUUUAGUUUGAAGUUGAUUUAGACAUCAUUUGGAGGGAUUUUUUUUUCUUUUUGAAAAAUAAUCAAAAUUUACUUACAGGAUCCCCCUUCAUGGUGAUGAUUGUGGACACCGAACAAGAACUCCAACGAUUCUUGGCCGGCGAAGCGCCCUCCCCACAGCCAGCCACCCCAUUCGUCCCUCCCGGCUGGGUUGGUCCACCCCCUCCGGGCAUGAUUCCACCGCCAUUCAGCCCCGCCUUGGCCGCAUCGCCGUAUGGCCCGGUCCCCGUGGGCAUGGUCCCACCACCACACAUCCGUGGAGGACGCCGCUCAGGCCCUCCGGCAGUCAUGGGACCACCACAGCCCAUUUAUGGAAGACGCCCAUAUUAG